AUGAAGGAAGCUCGGGAGAAGUUUAACAUAUCAGCUUCAACCUGCACAAGGUAUUGGAGAGAAGCUAAAAAACAGGCAGCUGAAGGAAAAACAAUGCAGGUAAUUAAUCGUAGGAAGGAUAGACCAUGUAGCAAACGUGUUCAUCUUGAUCUUACUUUACUUAAAAGUUUGCACUACACCAAAAGAGGAAGUAUCAGAACAUUGGCUGUUGGAUUAAGCUGCACUAAGAGCACAGUAGGAAGAUGGGUGAAAUCAGGCCUUAUUAGAUCUCAUACAUCAGCUAUUAGGCCUGAUUUAACAGGCCCCAACAAAUUGUUGAGGAUGAGAUUCACAUUAGAGGCCUUAGAAUUAGAUAGGAUUUUGAAGACAAUCAAGUUCAAAGAUAUGCACAACACAAUCCACAUAGAUGAAAAGUGGUUCUACAUCACGAAAGGUAUGCACAGGUUCUAUUUAGCACCGGGAGAGGAUGAGCCACAUAGAUCAUGCCAAAAUAAGAAGUUUAUAUCGAAAAUCAUGUUUAUGUGCGCUGUUACAAGACCAUUGUUUGGAAGAAAUGGGGAGGUUUUGUUUGGUGGUAAGAUAGGUAUAUUUCCUUUCAUAGAGAGGGUUCCAGCAAAGAGGAGUAGCAAAAACAGGAGGGCUGGAACAAUAGAAACUAAACCAAUCGAAAGCAUCACAAAGGAGGUGACAAAGGACUAUAUAAUAAACAAGAUUAUUCCAGCCAUCAUGCCAAAAUGGCCGGAGGGAGCAAGUAAGCAAAUCUUCAUACAACAAGAUAAUGCAAAGCCACACAUUAAGGGUGAUGAUUUGGAUUUUAUUGCUGCUGCAAAUCAGAAUGGAUUCAAUAUAAAGCUAGUGCAACAACCCCUUAACUCACCCGAUACUAAUGUGAAUGACUUAGGGUGGUUUCGAGCAAUACAAUCACUUCAAGGAUGCAUGAUUGAGAUCAUGAAGUUCAAUGGGCACAACAAGUACAAGAUUCCCCAUAUGGGAAAAGGUGCUCUUAGAAGGUUGGACCAACUACCUCAGAACUUAGAAGUUCCAAUGGAGCUAGUUGUUGCUUGCAUUGCUUAUUUGGAAGCACAAGGGUAUAAUGAAGGAAUUGAAAGGAUUGUGCAAGAUUUGGGAUUGGAACCUACUGUGCAAGGAGCAACAUCAGUGCAUCUUUUGGGAAUAUGA